AUGCUAUCCAAGGCAUUACACUCUCUUCGAAAAUUUUCUGCUCAGCCUUACAACCCCAUGAAGUACCUCCAGAGCUACAUACCCACGAAAAUGCCAACAAAAGAAGAAAUCGAGGAAGGAGUAAAAACAGCUCAUGAAAACUCAGGCAUGCUCGUGCACAACGUCCGUCACAUCAAUCCAUUGCGCCAGUCAGGUCCUCUGCCUGCUUUUGAUGGACCUUUCUCAAUGGAAGACAUUUUGCAAAAUUCUUAUCAAGAAUACUUUAAGAUAAACGACAUUUGUUAUCCUUCAACAGAUGCUGAAGAAAUCAUGAGACGCGUACCUGGUGUAACAAGAGAAGAGGCUGAAUAUAUUAGAUCUCUUGGCUUCACCCCUGAUGAUGAAGUAGAACUCGCUUACUGGUACAAGACUAUUGGAUUUGAUAUAUAUUACCCUCUGAACAACACUUAUGUAGCUAGACAAGUCCUCACCAACUCAAAAGGAGAAAAAGUGGAAGUCAUGUGGCCUUAUAUGGCAUGGGAAGAUUGUAAUGAACUGUCAGUGGAUACAGCCCUACAAGAUAUGCCUUACUAUACAAUCAGACAUUGGGAAGCUUACUCUGGUGAUGAAUGGUACAAGUAUGUAAACAACCAAGAUCUUGGUGUCCCAGAUACCUGGUUUGAAUAUGAUAAAAACACUAGAUACCUACUACAGAUGGUGCAAGACCAGCUUGAAGAGCUGCCAGACAGCAAAAGACCAUGGCCUAGCCCUAAGAAUCCACAUUGCCGUAGCCUUUUCACUAAUGACCAAGCUAAGAAUGAAGAAAUGUCAGAAAUGGCCAAACCAGACUGGAAGCAUAGGUCUCCAGAUGAAUAA